AUGAGCAUACCUACUAACACCAAAAUACGACUUUCUUGUUGUAAUGGUGUGAGAAAAGUUGGCAUUUCAGAAAAAAUUAAAGCAAUAAAGGUGCCAGAAAUAGAGAGAAUUAGCCAAAAAUUAAAGGAUUUGAAUGCAAUUCUUAUGAAAAAUAAAGAAAAUG